GGGCCGCAGCCGGACUCGGAGCCCGAGAGUGUGCUCAGCGCUCAGGCAGCCGGGGCCCGGGUGCGCUUUGGAGGCGCGGCGAGGCCGAGGGGGCAGGCGCCGGGCGGAGCCGGAGCCGGAGCCGGAGCCGAGGCGCUUGGAGGCGAUCUGGUCGUUCUCUCCACGCGCAGAGCAGCCGAGAGACCGUGCGGCGGGGUGCGGGGUCGGAGCGCAGCCCCGGGGCUGAGGCGAGCCGAGCAGAGCCUCAGCCCGAGCGCCCGAAGCGGCCCGAGCGGCUCCGGGACCCUCCCCAGGGGCGCGGAGGCUGGGCGGGCCCGGGCCAUGCGCGCUGCUCGCUGAGGCGGAGGGAGGCCGCGAUGGAGGCGCCGGCGGCGGAGCCCCCGACCCGGGGCUGCGGCCCCCCACCCGCGCCCGCGUCUGAGAGGAAGAAGAGCCACCGCGCGCCGUCGCCGGCCAGGCCCAAGGACGUGGCCGGCUGGUCUCUGGCCAAGGGCCGCCGCGGCCCAGGUCCGGGCGCUGCCGCCGCCUGUAGCGCUGCGUCCUCGGCGCGGCCCGACAAGAAGGGGCGCGCGGCGGCGCCCGGGGCGCGGAGCCCGGGGGCACGGGUGGCUGGGGUCCGCACAGGGGUCCGCGCCAAGGGCCGCCCGCGGCCUGGGGCCGGACCGCGGCCCCCGCCCCCGCCACCCAGCCUCACCGACAGCAGCUCGGAGGUGUCGGACUGCGCGUCGGAGGAGGCGCGCCUGCUGGGCCUGGAGCUGGCGCUGAGCAGCGACGCCGAGUCUGCGGCCGGAGGCCCGGCCGGGGCCCGAGCGGGGCAGCCGCCCCAGCCCGCACCUUCCGCUCAGCAGCCUCCGCGACCGCCUGCCUCCCCGGAAGAGCCGUCGGUGGCCGCGUCGUCGGUGGGCAGCAGCCGCCUGCCGCUCAGCGCCUCGCUUGCUUUCUCCGACCUUACCGAGGAGAUGCUGGACUGCGGGCCCGGCGGCUUCGUGCGCGAGUUGGAGGAGCUGCGCUCCGAGAACGACUAUCUCAAGGACGAGAUUGAGGAGCUGCGGGCGGAGAUGCUGGAGAUGCGGGAUGUCUACAUGGAGGAGGACGUGUAUCAGCUGCAGGAGCUGCGGCAGCAGCUGGACCAGGCCAGCAAGACCUGCCGUAUCCUGCAGUACCGGCUGCGCAAGGCCGAGCGCCGCAGCCUUCGUGCUGCCCAGACUGGCCAAGUGGACGGCGAGCUCAUCCGCGGCCUGGAGCAGGACGUCAAGGUCUCUAAGGACAUCUCUGUGCGGCUGCACAAGGAGUUGGAGGUGGUGGAGAAGAAACGGAUGCGGCUGGAGGAGGAGAACGAAGAGCUCCGGCAGCGGCUCAUUGAGACCGAGCUGGCUAAGCAGGUGCUGCAGACGGAGCUGGAGCGGCCACGAGAGCAUUCUUUGAAGAAAAGAGGAACCCGUUCCCUGGGGAAGACUGACAAGAAGCCUUCGGUGCAGGAGGACAGCGCAGACCUGAAGUGCCAGCUGCACUUUGCAAAGGAGGAGUCAGCCCUCAUGUGCAAGAAGCUCACCAAGCUGGCCAAGGAGAAUGACAGCAUGAAGGAGGAGCUGCUCAAGUACCGCUCGCUCUAUGGCGAUCUGGAUGGUGCCCUGUCGGCUGAGGAACUAGCUGAUGCCCCCCACUCGCGUGAGACCGAGCUGAAGGUGCACCUGAAGCUCGUGGAGGAGGAGGCCAACUUGCUGAGCCGCCGCAUCGUGGAGCUGGAGGUGGAGAACCGAGGACUGCGGGCCGAGAUGGAUGAUAUGAAGGAUCAUGGUGGUGGCGGCUGUGGGGGGCCUGAGGCCCGCCUGGCCUUCUCUGCAAUGGGGGGCAGUGAGUGUGGGGAGAGCUCGGCGGAGCUGCGGCGGCACCUGCAGUUCGUGGAGGAGGAGGCUGAGCUGCUGCGUCGCUCCUCCGCCGAGCUCGAGGACCAGAACAAGCUGCUGCUGAGCGAGCUGGCCAAGUACCGCUCGGAGCACGAGCUGGACGUGACGCUGUCGGAGGACAGCUGCUCUGUGCUCAGCGAGCCCUCUCAGGAGGAGCUGGCGGCGGCCAAACUGCAGAUCGGCGAGCUCAGUGGCAAGGUCAAGAAGCUGCAGUACGAGAACCGCGUGCUCCUCUCCAACCUCCAGCGCUGCGAUCUUGCCUCCUGCCACAGCACACGGCCCAUGCUGGAGACGGACGCUGAGGCCGGGGACUCCGCCCAGUGUGUGCCUGCUCCCCUCGGGGAGGGCCACGAGCCCCAUGCUGCCCGGCUCUGCAGGGCCAGGGAGGCCGAGGCGCUGCCCGGGCUGAGGGAGCAGGCGGCCCUGGUCAGCAAGGCCAUCGACGUCCUGGUGGCUGAUGCCAACGGCUACUCGGCUGGCCUCCGGCUGUGUCUAGACAAUGAGUGUGCCGACUUUCGGCUGCAUGAGGCCCCAGACAACAGCGAGGGCCCCAGGGACACCAAGCUCAUCCAUGCCAUCCUGGUGCGGCUGAGCAUGCUCCAGCAGGAGCUCAACGCCUUCACACGGAAGGCGGACACUGUCCUCGGGAGCUCUGCCAAGGAGCAGCCAGAGCCCUUCUCCUCGCUGCCCACCUUGGGCUCCCAGGGGCCCUCCAAGGAGAUUCUUCUGGCCAAAGACCUCGGCUCAGACUUCCAGCCACCUGACUUCAGGGAUCUGCUGGAAUGGGAGCCCAGGAUCCGAGAGGCCUUCCGCGCUGGCGACUUGGAUUCUAAGCCUGACCCUAGCCGGAGCUUCAGGCCCUACCGAGCUGAAGACAACGAUUCCUACGCCUCUGAGAUCAAGGAGCUGCAGCUGGUGCUGGCUGAGGCCCACGACAGCCUUCGGGGCUUGCAAGAGCAGCUUUCCCAGGAGCGGCAGCUACGGAAGGAGGAGGCCGACAGCUUCAACCAGAAAAUGGUCCAGCUGAAAGAGGACCAGCAGAGGGCGCUCCUGAGGCGGGAGUUUGAGCUGCAGAGUCUGAGCCUCCAACGGAGGCUGGAGCAGAAAUUCUGGACCCAGGAGAAGAACAUGCUGGUGCAAGAGUCCCAGCAGUUCAAGCACAACUUCCUGCUGCUCUUCAUGAAGCUCAGGUGGUUUCUCAAGCGCUGGCGGCAGGGCAAGGUCUUGCCUGGUGAGGGGGAUGACUUCCUUGAGGUCAGUAGCAUGAAGGAGCUCUACCUGCUGAUGGAGGAGGAGGAGUUAAAUGCCCAGCAUUCUGAUAACAAGACCUGCACAGGGGACAGCUGGACCCAGAACACGCCCAAUGAGUAUGUUAAGACACUGGCUGACAUGAAGGUGACGCUAAAGGAGCUCUGCUGGCUGCUCCGGGACGAGCGCCGUUGUCUGACCGAGCUUCAGCAGCAGUUUGCCAAGGCCAAGGCCACCUGGGAGACAGAGCGGGCAGAACUCAAGGGCCAUACCACCCAGAUGGAGCUGAAGGUUGGGAAAGGGGCUGGGGAGCGGUCCGGGCCCGACUGGAAGGCAGCGUUACAGCGGGAGCGUGAGGAGCAGCAGCACCUGCUGGCUGAGUCCUACAGUGCUGUCAUGGAGCUGACGAGGCAGCUGCAGAUCAGCGAGCGCAACUGGAGCCAGGAGAAGCUGCAGCUUGUGGAGCGGCUGCAGGGUGAGAAGCAGCAGGUAGAGCAGCAGGUGAAGGAGCUGCAGAACCGCCUGAGCCAGCUGCAGAAGGCUGCUGACCCCUGGGCCUUGAAGCAUUCGGACCUAGAGAAGCAGGAUAACAGCUGGAAAGAGACACGCAGUGAGAAGAUCCAUGACAAGGAAGCUGUUUCCGAAGCUGAAAUUGGGGGGACUGGCUUAAAGAGGACCAAAUCUGUUUCCUCGAUGUCUGAGUUCGAGAGUUUGCUUGACUGCUCUCCCUACCUUGCUGGGGAAGUCACCCGGGGCAAGAAGCUGCCCAGUAGCCCUGCCUUUGCCUUUGUGAGUUCUGAGCCGGUGGACCCUGAGAAGGAUGCCAAGGAAAAGCCCGGACUCUCACCUUGGGAAUGCAACCGUCUGGGCACCCUGGCCUGCCAGGACCCUGCAGGGAGACAGAUGCAGCGCAGCUAUACGGCCCCCGACAAGACGGGCAUCCGCGUCUACUACAGUCCCCCAGUGGCCCGGCGCCUGGGCGUCCCUGUGGUCCACGAUAAGGAGGGCAAGAUCAUCAUUGAGCCCGGCUUCCUCUUCACCACAGCCAAGCCCAAAGAGUCGGCCGACGCUGAUGGGCUGGCCGAGAGCGCAUACGGCCGCUGGCUCUGCAACUUCUCGCGUCAGCGUCUGGACGGCGGUUCCGGAGGUGGCCCCUCUGCGACCGGGCCGGGCUUCCCCGCGGCCCUGCACGACUUCGAGAUGUCGGGCAACAUGAGCGAUGACAUGAAGGAGAUCACCAACUGCGUGCGCCAGGCCAUGCGCUCAGGCUCGCUGGAGAGGAAGGUGAAGAACACGUCCAGUCAGACGGUGGGCCUGGCCAGUGUGGGCACACAGACCAUCCGCAUGGUCAGUGUGGGCCUGCAGACCGACCUGCCCCGCAGCAGCCUCCACAGCAAGAGCUGGUCGCCCCGCAGUGCCUCGCUCAUGUCGGUGCGCAGCAAGCAGAUCUCCUCCUCUCUGGACAAGGUCCAUUCCCGCAUCGAGCGGCCCUGCUGCUCACCCAAGUAUGGCUCGCCAAAGCUCCAGAGGCGGUCUGUGUCCAAGCUGGAGGGUGCCAAGGACCGCAGCCUCUGGAACCUGCAUCAGGGCAAGCAGAACGGCUCAGCUUGGGCCCGCUCCACCACCACACGGGACAGCCCCGUGUUGAGGAACAUCAACGAUGGGCUGUCCAGCCUUUUCAGCGUGGUGGAGCACUCGGGGAGCACGGAGUCGGUCUGGAAACUGGGCAUGUCCGAGGCCCGGGCCAAGCCCGAGCCUCCUAAGUAUGGCAUCAUGCAGGAGUUCUUCCGCAAUGUGUGUAGCCGGGCACCAAGCCCCACCUCAGCAGUAGGGGACGAGAGCACCAAGAAGCCAGAGCCCCUCUCCCCAGCCAGCUUCCAUCAGCCAGAGGGCAUGGCCAGGAUCUUGAACAAGAAGGCAGCCAAGGCAGGCAGCAGCGAGGAGGCCAGACCCCCCUUGCUCCCCCAAGUGGGAAAGGAUGGUAUCCCCCGGGACGGAGAUGGAGCCACAGUCCUUCCCAAUGAGGAUGCCGUUUGUGACUGUAGCGCCCAGUCUGUCACCUCCUGUUUUGCCCGGUCCUCCCGCUCUGCCAUCCGCCACUCUCCUUCCAAGUGCAGGCUUCACCCUUCAGAGUCUGGUUGGGGCGGGGAGGAGCGGGCAGCUCCCCACAGCGAAUGACGGAGCCACUGAACUUGCCGCCUCAACCAGCCUAGGGCCUGGAUUGCAGAAGGGAACCAGCAGAGACGAGGUGAGGGGUCUGCGUCCUCAGCAUCACCUCACCUUGUAAGGACGGCAGCUACACCACUGCCAGAGAACAGCUUUCACAUCAAGGUAAAGCGGGGGGUCUCCUGCUGACGCUGGGUGGUGAUGUCCUACUUCUCGGGGGAAGGCGAUGAGUGGGAGAAAGACCAAAAAUGGGCUUCAGAAGCAUCUACAGAGAAAUCCCCUGGGAGCUGCUCCCUGGUGAACCUGGCAGGUCUUGCCUGGUUCUACCCAUACCCUCUUCUUGGAAGAUCUGAGGAAGGGAUACACUCUUCAGGGAAAAGGGCCACAGAGAUCCUCCAGUGCCAACUACACAUCCCGUUACUGGGAGGAGGAGACAUCAACAAGAAGAACAGGCUUUGCUCUAAAGCUCAACUUGGGUCUGCUGGAGUUUCUGGGCUGGGCACCAUCCCCAUCCCUUCCUUCCAUCCACACUCCCCCCUACCCCCUGGCUCCACUGCUCUGGAUUGCUGUGACUCCAGAGGGUAUGAUAGGGCAGUAGCUGGGUCCAAGUACUUGCUUGGAAUCCUGGGGCCCUGGAUCUCCCUGCCCACAGCCUGGGUGCAGCAAGGACCAGGGGACGAGGUGAGAAUGUGUGGGGCUCAGGGUCGGGACCCACUGGAACUGCCAUCCUUGGCAAGCUGUCUUGGAGGGGCCCCAACCUUCAGAGAAGACUCCCUGAGGACAGAAAUAGGUAGAAUCAGUCUCAAGACUGGUGCACAGAUUCAUGCCUGAACAUCCACUGCCUUGGUCCCUGGGCUUCUUUCCCUGGCACCCCAGAGGCAUGCCACAUCGCCACUGUGUUUACAUCCUGCUGCUGGUGGAGGGCAAAGAUGUUCUCAAUAAGAAACUCCCAACUGGCCAGAAUGGGCCAAGGAGAACCCCAAGAGGCCAGCACCCCAGGACACGACAGUAGACUGGGGCCUGGAAACACAUGUUUUGCCUAGAUUGUUUAUUUGAAUUUUUCUUACUAUAAAUAUUUAAGGUGGUUUACUUUAUUUUAAUAAUUUAAUUUACCCCAAAGCCCCUAAGGUAAUUUAUUGGAGGUUGAAACAUGUGUUCUUGCCAUUGGAACAAUGUGGGGCUUCUAACACGAUGGACGGACUGGGAUCUCCCACGCAGACGAGGCAGCUUGACGGCCACGCUCAGGUCUCCUGGCUCAGGUUUGGAGGGCUCCUGUGCAGAGCUGGAACCCUGCAGCAUGCGCCCCCAACACCACUGGCCAUUCCAACUGAGAGCACUGCUUUUACUGAAACACCUGGGACUUGUCCGGCCCCCAGCGGUCAGUCUGCAAGUGCUCGCUGACAGGGCGGAAGGCUGGACGAUGUAACCCACUCCCAAACAUUCCCCUCUUCCUUCUCAUUUUCCUCCCUCCCUCUGACACCUUUUUUAUGAGUCAAACAUGGAGUACUAAGGCUUUGUCAAGCGCAUAAAAAUCCUUCCAAGGUCCCCGAGUGAGAACGCACAGGAAAACAGGACUGAACUUUGAGAAUGUUGUUUAUUGCAGCUUUGCACAUGGAUUUGAGUAUCUACCAGCCUGCCCCACUUCUCACCAGCCUGCCGGCCUUUUCACCAGCCUCUUUCCUGAGCCUUAUGGCCUCUCAUGGCUCUUCUCCCAGCCCCAUGUCCACUGCCUGCCUUUCCCUUCGUGCCCCAUGAGCUGCCUGAGCCAUCGGACAGAUGGCUUAUUGCGAUAUGACGAGGAGGGUGUCACAUGGCCUCCCCUUGGUGCCCAUGAACCCAUUUCGGUUGCACACACACACCCCUUUCCCCCACCCCCACACAGACACACAGCACUUCUAUAACUUCUAUAACUGGAAACCCCAGGACAAAAUGGCUUGUCUAGAAUUCUCCUUCAGGAAGAAUAAGAGCCAGCAGUUUUGCUAGCUUGUCCACAGCGCUCAGGAGACGCCUCUGCCAUCUCCCAUUCCUGCCCACUCAGGGGCACCAGGACCAGCUACCCCGAGUCCUUCAUCUCCCCACCUGACUGGCAGAACAUCAGGGUCAUGUCAGUCCUACCAGCUGCUCCCUCGUGCCAUGGUGGCUUGUGUGGGCAGAGUAGGCAGACCGAUGGCACCAUGGACCAAUUCCCAGAUGAUGCCACUAUUCCCUGCCCAGUGAGGUCAGAGAGGGACCCCUCCAAGGUGAUCUUCAGGUGAGGGGAUUCACACCAGGCUGUAAGCCACCAGAGGCCUUGUGCCACCUCCCCGAGCUGCAGAGCGCUAGGGAGGCUGCACUCCCAGCCUUGGGAGAAACUCUGUGAGUCCGGAACCUCGCAGCCUACAGACCACUCGGCCUUACCAUCAUCCUCGUCCAAGAUUGUCCGUGCCAUCUUUGUUGUCUCAGCGCCUGGCCGCCUGGCCCCCCAGCUGGUGUCAGAGGCUCCAGAUCUUGGUUUUCAGUGAAGCCUCAGUUUCUAGUUCCUGCAUGCCACUGUGCAAGGUCACUCGUCACUGUUCUUAGAGAAGCCUCUGGACAUGGAGCUUUGAUGGGGUUGAAAUGUUACAUGUAAAUAUUGGUUUGGUUUGAUUUUUAGCAUUUUUAAAUUGGUAACUGGUUGUGUUUGUUUUUUGGGGUGGGGGGUUGGUUUGUAAAAACUCUCUACUCUUUUGGAAUGUAAAUUCUAAGUUUGUCUGUUUCUUCAAAUGCCUUUUAAGCCUUGGUAACAUUCCCAAAGUAGAAAACUGCCUGACCCACUGUGGGGAUUCCUCUGGAGGUUUGGGGGUCACAGGAAGGAAUGCUGCCCUUCUUUCCCUUUCUCCUCUUUCCUACUAUGCCUUUGCUUUUUUAUUCCUAGCACCCAGUUCUUCCUCCCUUCUUCCUCUUCCUCCUUGCCACACCCCCCACCACCACCACCACCACAUCCACUCCCUAUAACCAAAGUCCUAAGGAGUCCUGGGGUCCCAGUCCCCUUACAGUCUCCUUGGCUUGGGGUCCAUGGGGUUGGCACCAGCUAGCUGGGGGGAAAUGAGGACCAAUGGCAUCAUUGACCCUAAACUGGGUGACCUCCUGUCUGACUUCUUCCCAGAGCCAAAUGAGACCCUUUGGAGUGCCAUGGAGUCUGUAUUUGAACUGAAAAUCGAAUCAAUUUGGGGCAUCAGUGGCUCUUGGGCCCUGCCUGCACAAGGCAUCAGAUCCAAUUCCCUGCUCCUUUGCCAGCCCUUUCCCCCACUUCUUUCCCUACCCAAGGGUGACCCAAUUUAAAAACACCUCCAAAAGGUCUUGCUUCCUAUAAACUCAAAAUGGGCCCUGCCCCUUGGUCUCCCCAGGUGUCAUCUUGAGUGUCUGGUUUUUGUUGUCAAGGCCAAGGGUCCAAAGACUUGAUCCUGACCGUUAACUUGGCUCUAUCCUCCCACCGCCAGGCACUUUCCCCAUUUCAUCAUCCAGCCUGUUCUCCUCCUCUGACUCACCCAAUUUCAAGCUCUUCCUCCCUCUCCCCUCCCAUCUGGAAUGUCCCCCCUCUUCCAGCCUCACCAGUUCUGCAUGCUCCCACUGCCUCUUUGUUGGUAAUAAUAAUGAUUCCCCCAACAUCCCACCUUGAGCACUUUACUAUUUAGAAAUUGUGCCCACAUCCCAUGUCUCCUUCAAACCUCUCAGGGACAACUCUGGGAGGCAGCCUUGGAAGGACAGAGGUUAGUGCUCUCAUUUGGUAGUUGGGGAAAUCGAGGUGCAGGUGUCAUCUCAGAGGCACCCACUGGGAAGUCAUCAAGUUUAGACUAGAAGCUGGGUCCAGUGGAUCCCCCAGCCCAGCUCUGUCCUGCUUGCUGUGCAAACCCACUGCCCACACCACCCCACUGGGAGCUCUGUGUAGGUACAGAAUAUCCAGAAUAUGCCACUGUUUUACCCAGACAUGAAAUGAGGCCACUCCGAUUCCCUGGACCUGCAUGUCCCAGAGAGCAGUCUGGGGGACCCUGGCAUCAGAAUCCUCUGAAAGCUUGUUGAGAAUGCAGAUUUAUGGGCCCUGUUACAACUUUCUGGGCCAGGAAUCUGCAUCUUUACCAAACUCCCAGGGAGAUCCUUGAGGACCAUUGGCCACAUGGUUUGUGUUCAUGGCCCUGACUCUUAGGCCAUCUUUCUUUAUGUACGUAUCUUAAAAAGAGCACUGAGCUGGGAAUUCAGGGACCUGGUCCUCAACCCAGCUUUGAUUUUAUUUAAUUAUUCUGAGGAUUUCCAAAAAGCAUCAGAGGCAAUUUAUGAUCUUAAUCAUACAUGUGCAGGAGAUGACAGAAAUAGAAGGUAAGAAAGCAAAAAGAAUUAUCAUUCCCUGAUGUUAUGCCCUCAAUCACGCAAUUAAAUUGCACCCUUGAGUUUCCUGGCAGCCAUAGUGAAAAGAGAAACACAUUAUGUUACACAACUCUCAUCAUCCUGUCAUGCGAAGUAAGCAUGUUUGCCCCAGGAGACAAACUCUUCUGCUAUUAAUUGGUAUAGCAUGUGUCCCCCUUUCUUCAAAGGCCACCGAGCCAACUGGUAUUUUGACAGGUGAACGUAAAAUACAAGAAUGUUUUCCAGGUGACUAUUUAAAAAAAAUAAUAAACUGCCACCAACUUGAAUGACCUUGGCCAGAUCACAUGGCAAUUCUGUGCCUCAGUUUCCCAGCUAUAAAGUGGGGCAAUGCCCUUCCUACCUCAUGUGGCUGUGGCAAGGACCAAAUGCAGUAUAGUGCCUGUGAGUCUACUUGGAAAAGCAUAAGGUUCUACGCAAAUGUAAAAUGCUCUGACUACAUUCAUUGUCUGUAGCCCCUCUGUGCCCUGACCCUACACCACCCUCACUGUAUUUUAGUGAAUGGAAGGGGGGCCAUAAGAUAAUCUGGACCAACACACUCAUUUUUUGGUUGAGGCAUCAGGCCCAGAGAAGGGAGCAGCUUACUCAAGGUCACACAGCAAACCAGAGGCAGAACCAGGACAGAAUCCCAGUUUUCCUGGUUCCCAGCAUGUUCCAUAUCCCCAGUGGUGAAUGAGACACCACCCUGCCUUUCUGUGAUCUUGGGCGAGCCCCUUCCUCUCUCUGGGUUCAGUCUGCUUGCUCCCCUCUUCCCUCCCUUUCUUCUUCUUGGCUGCUUCCUGCCAGGAGACUGAGUAGUCCUGAUGCAUGGCAAGGUUGUCCUCUUCUGGGUCCCCUGGCUUACUUGUAGCACCCAUCCAUUAGUCCUCCCAGCAUAGCCUCCCAAGCACUGCUCCCCUCUCCUGGGUUUUCCUGUAACCCCAGCAACCCUCACCCCCAUCCCCAGGCCCUCACAUUCCUGUCUAUUCAGAGAAAAGCCUGUGUCUGUGGCCUCCCAGCUCUAAUGUUUGCUCUCAGAAGAUCUGGUGGUGUUUCCUGGGUUCUGCAUUUAUCUUGUGUUUUCUUGCGCCAGUGCGGGGGCCCCUGUCUCCAAUGCUUCAGGUGGCACCAACUCUGCCAGCCCUUCUCACUGGGCUUGGCCCAACUCCAUGACACCUGCCACCCCUCCCCCAGCCCAGAAUAGCUUUCCCCGUCCCACCCAAAGCCACAUUGUCUUCUCUGUCGGAAGCCUACUGCCUCAACCCCAGCACUUUCUAUUAGGUAGAGGGGGGCUUGGAUCUCCGCUUCUGACUUUGGUUGAAAAGCAUAUGCAGCUUUUGGGUUCUUCUCUCUCUCUGGUCAUCUGUCCAGCUGUCUGUCUGUAUGUCUGACAUCCCUGUAUCCCGUCACCUCUGGAACAGCAAGGCCUGGCAGAACAAAUAGUUGACCCUGGCUCUACCCCUUACCUGUCGUAACAGCAUUUGCAGUUUGCAGAGCCCACAGGCCCAAGAAACAAAGGGGAGUGGGGAUGAGAUGUUGGGCCUGAAUCCUCUGCCAAGGGCUCCUCCCUGUCACCUGCCCUGCCCACUCCUCCUUUACUGUCCUUGGACCUCUUUCCCCUUGUCUGUCCCAUUGGCCCUGCUCCCCUCCCUUCCUGCCCUUCCCCUGCUCUCUGGACACCAGGCCCCAAUGGAAAGGAGUCGUGGUUUCCUCAGAGCAUCCUUGAAAGACCAAGGCAGUUGGGACUUGGCUGCGUGUCACACUACAUUCUGAAGCCACUCAAACUGCUCCCAUGGAGAGGAACCUCAGCCUGGGUUCAGGCCAGAUCUCUUACUUUCUUGGUGCCUAGUCCUCCUGGUUCUGGGACUCAGUGACAAGCACCAGGAUAAUCCCUGUGGGACCCAGGGGUCCCCUCGUGUCUGAGGGGUCCUACAGCACCAUCCCCUCUCCACUGGGCCUUGGUACCCUGGCCCCUCUCAGCUCGCCACUGAUCUCUGUGCCUUAGUUUACUUCUCCGCUCAGUGGAACUUACCACAGGACCAUUCCCAGCAGCUUCCCGGGUAUUUUGGUGCCUCUAGAGCUGGACCUUGCCAGCUGUGGUUCAGUUCCCUGGCACUGCCUGGAGGCACCAGGUUGCUGAGAUGAGGUGAUGGGAGGCAUUACUUUAGGCCAGUGUUUCUCAAAGUGGGUCCUGCACCAGCUGUAUUAGCAUCACUUAAGAACUUGGUAGAAAUGCAAAUUAUCCCCACCCCAGACCUACUGAAUCAGAACCUGUGUGAGAGGGGGUGGGGCCUGGCAAUGUGGACUUUAAUUAAGCCCUUCAGUGAUUCUGAUUAAUGCUAGAGUUUGCCAACCCCUGAUCUAGGCUAGCAAUUACAGCAGGCUGGCCCCGGCCCAAAACAGGUAGAAAACGCCAACCUUGUCCAGACCCCUAAGAGAUCAGAAGCCACCGGCCCCCACCCGUCCUCCACCCCCCAAACCUAUGGUCUGCUCUUCCUGGAACAUAAGAGAUCAAGGAGAAGACAUCAGUUUUUUUUCUUGCCUUGCCCCUGGCUUUUUUCCAGCCCUGCUCACCUCUCUCACUUGUCUUGAAUUUUACAAAUGGCCGUAUGGGGUCUUGCUAGCCAGCCAGGGAAUGGGAGUCCCUCCGGGCAGGAGGCAAAAGAUCCUGUUGGUUCAUCCCUUGGGAACCUUACAGUGGGCCUGAUGGCCUCUUUCCAAAUGGAAAGAAACCUAACUCCUCAAGGAAAUAAUCCUAAAUCCCCAGCUCCUCCUCCUCCCACCCCCAGGGAGAAUUUAUAGACAGUGCCAAAAAGCAGCUCCAACCCCAGUCGUUGGGGAAAAGGGCCAGAAGCUGUCCUCCCUCCUCAUCCUGCCCUCCUAACUCCCUGCCAAUACUGUGAAGUCCCCUUCUCACACUGCCUGGUUUCCUGGUGAGGGUCCUAUAGUUGUGGGCCCUGGGGAACCCCUAGGGAAAAGCCCACGGGAGGAAAGGGACCAAGGACAUCCUCAGGCCAACUGUCCUUUUCCGUCUGUUUUUCUCUCUUCCUCACUUCUGUCUUCAAAAGUCUCCUUCCCAGGAUGGAUUGGCUGCUAGGAUGACUGCAGUCCAGUCUACCAGCUCUCCCUGCCCCCGUGUCUUAUUUCAGACAUGAGAAUAACUGUACAGUGUGAACUUACAAAGGGUUUUUAAUUGUUGUAGAUUGGAAAUAAAGUAUGUCAUAUGAACAGUU